AAGAAAGGGAUAAGCAAAAAGAAAACUAUGGAAAAAACUAGAAUUGUAUUUUUAACCAUUCUUAUCAUGGAGAACUUACUUUUGGCUGUUGGCUUAACUAUUUACCUUUACCGAAACUGCCAAAAAUGCCAGAAAGUAAAAGAAAUCGACCGAGGAGAAGCCCUAGAAUUAUUAACUACUAUCACCGAUAAAAGUGUUAGUCUAAUUUUCCUCGACCCCCAAUAUGAAAAAGUUGGAGAUGUCAGUCGAUAUGAAGCAAAGACCAUUUUGGUUUUGGUAGUUAUUUCAGAAAUAAAGGAGAGUUUGCUUUUUUACUCCAAAAGAACCCCACCAAUAGCCGAAAGUUCACCAACCGGGCUUUUCCGAACAUCUGGCAAGAAGGAAGUGAGUUUGGUAGAAGCUACUACCCAAGAAGGGGAUUUAAUUGUUGACCCUUGUGCUGGAAGUUUUAUCGUUUUAAAAGCAUGUCGGGAAACUAACCGAAAUUUCUUGGGAGUAGAUUUAACCUUUAAUUCCUUUCAAUUUCUUAAAGCAAAACCUCCUUUUCUCC